AUAAACCGGAAGCAGCGUUGUUUUUUGUUAUUGUAACAUUUUCUACUGGUUCAAUCUUUCGUGUAAUAUCAAAUCGCAUGAUAUCAUCCCGCUUUUUAAUAUUUGUUAUAUUGCAGAUGAGCUGUUUGCGAUCGGUAAAUGCGAUCUGCUAGACAGGUCAGAUGAUUCUUGUGCCCUGGAACAGGAACUAGAAGCAUUUUUUUGCGCUCGAGUUCUUCAAGGAUGGCGGCAAAUGAUGGAGAGGAGGCUACUGUAUCUCUGGUGGACGUGUUAGAGGAAGAUGAAGAGCUGGAGAAUGAAGCCUCCGCUGUCCUCGCUGGCAGUGAUUCAGAGAAAUGCUCAUAUCCAGAGGGAUAUGUGAAGCGUCAAGCUCUGUAUGCCUGUAACACAUGUACACCAAAGGGAGGAGAGCCAGCUGGAGUCUGUCUGGCAUGUUCUUACAAGUGUCAUGAAGGCCAUGACCUUUUUGAGUUGUAUACUAAGAGGAAUUUCAGAUGUGAUUGCGGAAAUGACAAAUUUGGGGAAAUGGAAUGCAAGCUGUUUGCAGAUAAAGAGAAGUUAAAUUCAGGGAACAAAUACAGCCACAAUUUCUUUGGCUUGUACUGCACAUGUGACAGACCCUACCCAGAUCCAGAGGAUGAGGUUGCAGAUGAGAUGAUUCAGUGUGUUGUGUGUGAGGACUGGCUUCAUGGUCGGCAUUUGGGUUGUGUAGCGCCAGAUUGUGUGGAGCUACAAGAAAUGAUUUGCGAGACUUGCAUGAAUAAAGCACAUUUCCUUUGGAUGUACGCUGCACAAAUGGCAGUGCCACCCAUAACAAAAGUCAGUCCAUGUAAAGCAGAGGAGGAUGUUAAGGUGGAGGUGGAACAUGAAGAAGAAGAGAAGAUGAUUAAAAACGAGAACCAGAGCAGCCCGGUGGAUGAGAAGGUGCAGGUCAAUGGGACAUCCAGCCGUAAGCGGAAGCACCAAGAUGAAAUUGAAGGUUCCUCUGAGGAUGUCUCAUGCUCAGGUUGUAAGCUGAAAGAGAUGAAAGCCUCCGGAAAGAGUCGGACUCAGCAGGGUGCCGUGUUUUGGCCUGCAGCCUGGCGCACCUCACUGUGUAUCUGCGCUGACUGCAAGAUCAUGUAUGCAGACGCAGGAGUGUCUUUCCUCACAGAUGAGGCCGACACGGUCCUGGCAUAUGAGAACAAGGGCAAGUCCACAGAGCAGGCUGAACAACCGGGUCGUGACCCCUUGAUGUCAGCCCUAGACAACCUAAAUCGUGUUCAGCAGCUGGAGAUCAUUCAUGAGUAUAAUGAUAUGAAGACAGAACUAAAGGACUUCCUGCAAGGGUUUGCUGCAGAGGGCAAGGUGGUGACACCGGAGGACAUUCGGCACUUUUUUGAACAGCAGCAAAGCCGUAAGAGACGAAGAGCCAACGCAGGCCAGUUCUACUGCAGCUAAGCAUGCCAUUUUAAGCAUACCAGCUACAUCAUGUUGUUUUUCCCCCAGUUUUUUGCAAGAACAUCCUUGUACAUUUUUAUAAAAUAAAUAUGCAGUUUAAAUCAGGCUCUUAUAACAUUUUAUUAUUUUGAGCAUGUUUUGAAUGUAUAUCAGGUUCUGUAUUCCAAAGAUAUAGUUGUCAGUUUUUUCUGGUUGUCCUGUAAUGGAGUUUGAGAUCAUGUUCAUCAUGUUGAAUGUGGGGAUUGGCUCUGUUAGCGUUUGGUGCUAUAUGGGCAGGAAGAUUAAGAAAAAGUUUCAUGUAAAAGCUUCUGUAAUGCCAAAAGCAAUUCAGAAUCGUCUCGUUCUUUAUGGAGCGCUUUGGAAUUGACAUGACUGCAGUCAGUGUUAACAUUGGUUAGGUAUGUUUAUGUUUAAGUCUUAGGUACUUAUAAAAAAUAUGUUUAGGCAAAUUCCCUCACUUUCAUAUCUGCAAAGCUUUGACAAUAUUCACAUGGUUCGGUUCUAUUAUCAUGAUGAAAAAUACUUAUAUUUUGCCCGUUUUAACUUGUUUUGUAGUUUCUGUUCAUUUUUAAUGUCUUACCUUUAAGAAAUAAACAAAAAUGAUAAAAAAUG